AGAACCUAAUUACAUAACCAAGAUCCAAUCAGCCAUGUGAUCCAUGUGGCUAACAACAUGCAACCAUAUCCUUCUCCAAUCUUUAUCACAAACCCUAAAUUUAAUAUUAUUCCAUUCCUUUUAGCUGCCACUAACCAACUCUAUGAAUCAAGUCCAUCAACAUUGACCCCAGCUUCUAACCCUCAUGGCUAGCUCCGACGACGUCACCGGAAAGUCACCCGACCCACCAUCCAAACCUCUACUGUUCCCCUACAUCGACGAAUUCCACCACCACCACUCUCCCCCACCAUCUGAAUCCGACCCAUCAUCAUCCUCCCACUACCCCACCACCAUCACUUACAACUACUCACCUCGACCCAUCAAAGACCUCACCUUUCUCCUCCUCUUUCUCCUCUUCGUCAUCUCCACUUUCGCUUUCGGUAUAUUCGCUUCCAUCAAUCGAAACCCUAAUCCCCCUUCCUCUGUUUCCGCUUUUAGCUAUGAUAUCCGCACUGAUUCUUGCGUCAAAACAGAAAAUAGGGUUUUGUUUUUCAACUUAUUCCUGUCUGAUUCUGGUUAUAUUUUGAAGAAUCUGAUACUUACUGUUGUAGUUACGUUGAUUUUGAGCAUACCCAUCUCCUUGUUUGUGGUUUUUUCUCUCAAGCAUUACGCCAAACAGUUGGUGUACGCUUCACUUCCGUUUGUUGUUUUGGUUCCCGUUUGUUUAGAUGUGUAUUGGUUUGUUGCGUGUACUGUUAAUGACACUUGUAGUGAAAGGUUUGCUUUGGUUUAUAGGAUUUUAGUGCUGGUGUUUGUGCUGUUAGUGGUUGGGGUUAUGGUGUGGAUAAUUGUCGUUAAUUGGAGUAGGGUUGAGUUGACUGUGAAGAUUAUUAGGGUGUCGGCUGAUGCGUUGUCGAACAAUUUGGGAUUGUUUGGGGUGCUUCCAGUUAUGAGUUUGGGGUUGGUUAUUUAUUUUGCUCCAAUUGUUUUGUUCUUAGUGUUUGCGAGAUUGAACGGGGAGUUUGUCCCGAGAGGAAAGCGUGGGAAGGUGUUUUGUGAGUGGGAACAAGAUGGUUGGGUUCCGGCUUACUAUGCGUUGGCGAUUCUUACAAUGUUGUGGUCUGCUGCUGCUAUGGUGGAAGCACAGGUGUAUGUGAUCAGUGGGACUAUUGCGCAGUGGUACUUCUCGAAAGAUGAUUCGAGGGUCAAACGGAGUAUACGAAGCUCUUUAAGAAACGCGUUUGGCCCGUCUUCUGGAACAAUAUGUUUUUCAGGACUGUUGAUUGCUAUUGUGCGAAUAGUGCGUGGUGCAGUUGACACUGCAGCAAACGAAGAUGCAAGUGGGAUGGUCAACGUCGUCCUCAGAUGCUGUGUCAACGCCCUUUUAUCAGCGUUCGAGUUUCUUAAUAAAUUCACCAUAAACUUUGCAGCUAUAACCGGUGAAGCUUAUUGUGCUUCCGCCAGGUUGACGUAUGAACUUCUAAGACGUAAUCUUCUCUCGGUUGUUGUUGUGGAGGUUGUUUCCACGCGUCUUUUGGCUGCAAUCGUCUUUGUUAUCUCAGCAAUCUAUGCUAUUGUGGUUUGUGUGAUACUAAAGGCCGCAACUGAUCUAGGGGUAGAUUCGUACUUUGUAGCUGCGGUGUCAUUUGUAGUGGUGCUGGUGAUUCUCGGGUUUUUGGUGCACGUGCUGGACAAUGUUAUUGACACGGUUUACAUUUGUUACGCGAUCGACAGAGACAAAGGUGAGGUAUGUAAAGCGGAUGUUCAUGAGAUAUAUGUACAUCUCCCGAUUAGUAGGAACCAUAAUCCGGCUUAUUUAAAUGCCAGAACUCCACUUCUUGUAUGAUUAUCAUUUCGGGACUUGUUUAGACUUUAGAGCACUCUUAAGAGUUUUGUAUCUUGUUUGUACAACACACUGAUUCUUUUUGUCUGUUCAAUAACAUAACCUGCUACCAUUAUACCA